AUGGGUGUGGCGCGGAUUUCGAUGACGCGCAAAGAUAGUGUCCGCUGGUGUCGAAAUGCAGGUCCCACGCUUCCAAUCUCUUUCGCCAUCGCUUCCCCAGCUCGUCGCCUUCGCGACCUCAGCCCGUCGCCUUCGCCCCGCCCGUCGCCUUCGCUUUCCACGCCUGUCGCCUUCACUUCCCCUCCCCCGUCGCCUUCACUUCCCCUCCCCCGUCGCCUCACUUUCCCCCCCGUCGUCACCUUCACUUCCUCUCCGCCGUCGCCUUCACUUCUCCCCCACCCGUCGCGCUCAUUUUCCCCCUCCCGUCGCCUUCCCCCGCCCGUCGCACUCGCUUUCCCCGCCCGUCACACUCGCUUCCCCGCCCGUCGCACUCGCUUCCCCGCCCGUCGCACUCGCUUCCCCCGCCCGUCGCACUCGCUUCCCCCGCCCGUCGCACUCGCUUCCCCCGCCCGUCGCUCUCGCCUCCCCCGCCCGUCGCACUCGCUUCCCCCGCCCGUCGCUCUCGCUUCCCCCGCCCGCCGCACUCGCUUCCCCUCCCGUCGUCACCUUCUCUUCCCCGCCAGUCGCACUCGCUUCCCGCCUGUCGCCUUCACUACCCCUCCCAUUGCCGUUCACUCUCUCCUGCUCACGCUCUCCCCCCCGCUCACUCUCUUCCCCACCCUCACUCUCUUCUCUCCUGUACACUCCCUUUCCCCCUGUUCUCACCCCUCUCUUUUCCCCUUCACUCAACCCUUUCCCCCUGCUCACUCUCCUCCCCCCUGCUCACUCCCUUCCCCCCUGCUCACUGCUCACUCUCUUCCCCCCCCCCCCCCCCUUACUCUCUUCUCCCGUGUGCACUCUCUUUCCCCCUGCUCACUCUUUCCCCCCCUGCUCACUCUCUCCCCCCCUGCUCACUCUCUCUCCCCCUGCUCACUCUCUUCCCCCCUGCUCACUCUCUUCCCCCCUGCUCACUGCUCACUCUCUCCCCCCCAUACUCUCUUCUCCCCCGUGCACUCUCUUCUCCCCCCUUCGCUCUCUUCUCUCCUGUUCACUCCCAUUCCCCCUGCUCACUCCCCCUGUCCUCACCCCACUUUCCCUCUUUCUCACCCAUUUUCCCCAUUCUCGCUCUCUUUCCCCCUUUGCUCGCCACCUUUUUCCCGGCUCACUCCAUUACUCCCACGCUCUCUCUCUCCCCCUCUGCUCACUCUAUUUCCCCCUGCUUACUCUCUCCCCCCUUGCUCGCUCUCUUUCCCCUCUGCUCACUCUCUCCCCCUCUGCUCACUCUCUUUCCCCCUGCUCACUCUCUCCCCCUCUGCUCUCUCUCUUUCCCCCUGCUCACUCUCUCCCCCUCUGCUCACUCUCUUUCUCCCUGCUCACUCUCUUUCCCCUCUGCUCACUCUCCCCCCCUCUGCUCUCUCUCUUUCCCCCUGCUCACUCUCCCCCCGUCUGCUCUCUCUCUUUCCCCCUGCUCACUCUCUCCCCCUCUGCUCUCUCUCUUUCCCCCUGCUCACUCUCUCCCCCUCUGCUCGCUCUCUUUUCGCCUGCUCACUCUCUCCCCCUCUGCUCUCUCUCUUUCCCCCUGCUCACUCUCUCCCCCUCUGCUCGCUCUCUUUCCGCCUGCUCACUCUCUCCCCCUCUGCUCUCUCUCUUUCCCCCUGGACUCACUUAUCUUUCCCCCCUGUUUACUCUAUAUUCCCCUUCGUUCAACCCUUUUUCCCCACAAUCCCUCCCCCUGCUCACUCUAUUUCCCCCUUUGCUCACCCCCUUCUCCUCCCUGCUCACUCUAUUUCCCCCUUUUCUCACCCCCUUCUCCUCCCUGCUCACUCUAUUUCCCCCUUUUCUCACCCCCUUCUCCCCCCUACUGACUCUCUUUCCCCUUCGCUCACCCUUCUGCCCUGUCCCCACUCCUCCCAUACAUGCCCUUUGUACCUCCCACCUCCACCCCUCGCUCAUUCGCCGUACCCCCUCUUCCCUCCCCAUUCUAUCACAGAACCAUGCUUGUACAGGUGCCCGGCACCAUGGGUCCCAACAGGAGUGGGAUGGAAAGUUACCACCCCCUAG